ACCAUGCAUCCCCGUCGCAGUGCCCAGGAUGUGUUACGGUGUCGUCUCUGUGAUACCCCGGGCCCACCUAUGUACUGUGACAUUUGUCACAUAUAUCUGUGUAAAGCCUGUGUGGGGGAACAUCUCUCCGAUGAAUCCACAGAACACAAAGUAGUACCAUUUAAAAAGCGAGGAUCUACUCCAAAUUACCCAAAGUGUCCUAAACAUUCCACAAAACAAUGUGAACUUCACUGUGAACAAUGUGACAUUCCUAUUUGUGUAAAAUGUGCUACCUCUGAAGAACAUCACGGCCAUAAUUUUAUAGAAAUAAAAAAAGACAUGGACAGAAAAAAAGAAGUCAUUGAGAUGGAUCUAAAAGAACUAGAGAAAUCCAUUUAUCCUAAAUAUCAAAAGAUUGCCUCAAACAUCUCAGUUCAGAAAGCUGCUCUGAAUAAAAACAACCAGAAAUUGACAUCAGAUAUAGACAAACAUGGAGAAGCCUUGCACAGAGAAAUAGACACCAUGAUCCAAAAACUGAAAUCUGAUCUCAAUGAAAUGGACACCAAACACCUGCCUGUCUUAAACAAACAGGAAGAUGAAAUCACACGCACCAUUUCUGAAAUCACACAGAGUAUUGCUGAUUUGAGGAAGUUACUAGACUCUAAUGAUGCCAGCCUUGUCUCUGCCUACAAAUCCAGGAACGCCGACUUCAGAAAAUUGCCUCCUAAACUCACAGUGUCCUUACCAAGAUUUACCCCUCAGAAGAUUAACAAAGAACAGAUUUAUCAACAGUUUGCGAUCGGUUCUCUGUCAGCAUUAUCUAUUAAAACAGAAGAACAAGUCUACACCAUUGAUUCCCCCGGUGCUGAGUCCUCUCCCCCGGACAGACCGCUCAUUGACGUACCACGGAUCAUUACAGGGAUAAACACCGAGUAUGGAGACUCUAAUAGAUUACUCAAUGUGUCCUGUCUGAAGGAUGAAGAACUAUGGACACGUGGCCAGGACAACAAGAUGAGACUGUACAACCUACAUGGAAAACUAGUGAAGUCAGUCCAAACCAAGUCAGGGAACGAUCCACGGGACAUAGCAGUGACAAGGAGUGGGGAUCUAGUUUAUACUGAUGACAAUGAUAGAACUGUGAACAUAGUGAAGAAUACACAGAUACAGACAGUAAUCAGACUACGGGGGUGGAGACCUCGCAGUGUCUGUAGUACCUCCUCUGGUGACCUCCUGGUUGUCAUGGUCAGUGAUAAUAAUAAAGAAGCAAAAGUUGUGUGUUACUCUGGCUCCACAGAGAAACAAAGUAUUCAGUACAACAACAAAGGACAACCUCUCUAUUCAUCUGGUGGAAUAAUAAACAGUAAAUUCAUCAGUGAGAACAGGAACCUAGAUAUCUGUGUUUCAGACUAUAGAGCCGGUGCAGUAGUGGUUGUCAAUCAGGCCGGGAAUCUCCGGUUUACCUACACUGGUCCUACCUCCUCUUCUACAAAGGGAUCAUUCUAUCCACUCGGUAUCACAACAGACAGCCAGGGUCGGAUCCUGACAGCAGACUGUGACAACCACCGUAUCCACAUUCUGGAUCAAGAUGGACAGUUCCUCCGCUACAUUGACAAUUGUCAUUUACAGAAACCAUGGGGUUUAUGUGUGGACACCAGAGACAACCUGUUUGUGGCUGAGUUGAUCACAGGUAAAGUGAAGAAAAUCCAGUAUUACAUGUAAACAAACUGUGUGUAUGCCUACACAUAUGAACAAACUGUGUGUAUACCUAUAUAUAUGAACAAACUGUGUGUAUAUCUUCAUAUAUAAACAAACUGUGUGAAUAUCUACAUAUAUAAACAAACUGUGUGUAUACCUACAUAUAUAUACAUGUAAACAAACUCUGUAUAUGUAUUAUAUAUAAACAAACUGCAUGUAUGUAUCAUAAACGUAAACAAAUCGUGUGUAUGUAUUAUAUGUAAAAAAUGUUUGUAUAUAACGGAAAAUGUACACAAUUUUAGUGAU